AUGAUUCAUCCAGCAGGUUACCGUGUUUUGCAAGUAGGAAUUCUGCAUCUCCUUCCUUUGUGGCUGCUUGUAACCCUUACAUAUGCACAGUUCCGAUACUCUAUCAAUGAGGAGCUAAACAGGGGUGAAAUUGUUGGGAAUAUCGCUAAGGAUCUUGGAACGGAUGUGGCAAAACUAGUAGCUGCUAAUCUCCAGGUACUUUCUGAUUCCGAUUCCCAAUAUUUCUCUAUAAAUGUAAACAAUGGAGCCAUAUUGGUGAAUGACAGAAUAGACAGGGAGCUGCUUUGUGGACAGAUUAUUACAUGUAUUUUAAAUCUAAAAUUUGCAAUAGAGAAUCCAGUAGAAGUGUACAGGAUUGAGGUUGAGAUAUUAGAUAUAAAUGAUAAUUCACCCCGAUUCCAGAGUGAAGAGCUGACUUUAAAAAUAAAUGAGUUGGCUUCCCCCGGUGCUAGGUUUUUAAUUCCAAAUGCACAGGAUCCAGAUAUUGGUUCUAAUGCAUUGCAGGAAUACCAUCUUAGCCCUAGUGAAAAUUUUGCUCUCAUUGUUAAAAAACGCACUGAUGGUAGCAAAUUUCCAGAAUUAGUUCUGGAAAAGGCUCUGGAUAGGGAACAGACAGCCGUCCACCAUCUGGUACUCAAAGCAGAGGAUGGUGGGGUACCAUGCAGAUCGAGCACCAUGAAGAUCACAAUUAUUGUCCUAGAUGCCAAUGAUAAUCACCCAGCAUUUGAUCAGCCUUCCUAUAAUGUCCAGCUAAAAGAAAAUGCCCCUAAAAACUCUAUAGUCAUAAAACUUAAUGCCACAGAUUUAGAUGAAGGGCCUAAUGGAGAAAUUGAAUACUUUUUUAGCAGCCACAACUCAGAAGCCUUAAGCAAUAUUUUUCAGCUUAAUUCAGAAACUGGUGAAAUCCGAGUACUUGGAAAUUUAGAUUUUGAAGAGAUUUCAGUUUAUGAGAUUGAUAUUGAGGCUAGAGAUAAAGGAAGCCCUAUUAUGGAAGAGCAUUGCAGCGUAAUUGUCCAUAUUAUUGAUGUAAAUGACAAUACUCCUGAAAUGACUAUAAGUGCAUUUUCUAGUUCGGUCCCAGAAGACUCACCAGCUGGGACAGUAGUUGCCGUAAUCACCAUAAAGGACAGAGAUCAUGGUGAUAAUGGCAGGGUACAAUGCCAAGUAGACAAGAAUCUUCCUUUCACAGUCAGGGAAGAUUUUGAGCACCAGUUUUCUUUGAUUACAAGUGAUAACUUAGACCGCGAAAGUGUUUCUGAAUACGAAAUAACCAUUACCGCAAAGGAUAUGGGGAAUCCCCCUCUUUCCACUGUGAAAAUUAUAUCGGUUGCAGUUUCUGAUGUGAACGAUAACACCCCCCAGUUUGUUGAACCGGUUUAUGAAGUCUUUGUGGAAGAAAAUAACAAAGCUGGUGAGUUACUUUGUACUGUUUCUGCCACGGACCCAGACUUGGACCAGAAUUCACGUCUUUCUUAUUCCAUAUUACAAAAUCCUAAAGAGGACUAUGCCAGUUCAUCUCAUAUAUAUAUCAAUUCCGAAAAUGGACAGGUUUACCUUAAAUUUCCUCUAGAUUAUGAAAGAAUUAAUUAUUUCCAAUUUCAAAUAGAAGUUUCUGAUGCUGGCUCUCCACCUCUUAGAAAUAAGACUGUGGUACAUGUUUUUGUUCUAGAUCAAAAUGAUAAUUCUCCAGUAGUUGUAUUUCCAGUAAUUGGAGCCAAUUCUGUUGCUCAAUGUAAGAUUCCACGUUCUACUGGCCCAAAUGUUAUGGUAAGCAAGUUAUCUGCAGUAGACCAUGAUUCAGGAAGGAAUGCAUGGCUUUCCUAUAACUUACUGGAAGCAACAGAUCCUACCCUAUUUAGCAUUGUUAUGAGAACUGGUGAAAUAAGAACUAAACGUGCAAUCCAAGAUGUUGAUCCUAAUGUACAUGAACUCCUUCUACUUGUGAAAGAUUCGGGAGAACCCUGUUUAUCAACCUCAGUAACAGUGAUGAUGACUUUAGAAGACAAAGACCUAGAAGUUUCCCAUGGUGUAAAAGACCAUUCCAAAAAAAGGAAUAUUUCUAGUCUCACCUUGUAUCUGAUUGUUUGUUUGAUUGUGAUUUCCGUCAUCUCACUAAUUGGUUUGGCAGCCCUUGGAAUUAAAAUUCACAAAUGUGAGAACAAGAAUUUUCCUCUCUGUUGUCGGCAAAAUCAAAAGAAAGCUGUGGUAGCCGGAUCCAAGCUUCAUGGAACUUUUCAGCUACACCCCAGCCUUUGCAAUACCAUAAUAGGAGUUCGAGUGGAUUGUGCUGGAAAUAUCCCAUCAAAUCGAAGGGUCAGAACAUGUUUCUCCCCAGUCUCAGAUAUUAGUGAGUUUAUGUUUAUGAGGCCACCUCAUGUCACUGCUAGCUCCUCCUCCCCGGGAAUACUGGUUCCAGAUCCUAACUUCUCCAUUGCUUCCAAUGAGCAGGCACAAGCCAACAUAGACUGGCACUUUUCACAGGCGCAGAGACCGGGGACCAGUAGCGCACAACCUUCUGAGGAGGCCGGCAUCUGGCCAAACAACCCUGUAGAAACAGAAAGGCUUCAAGCAAUGAUUUUGGCAUCAGCGACUGAAGCUGCUGAAAACUCCAAUAUUGGAGGAGGAACAGGGACAAUGGGUCUUGGUGCCUGCUAUGGACCCCAAUUUACUCUGCAGCAUGUACCUGACUACAGAAAAAACAUAUAUAUUCCAGGAACUGCUACUCUUAACGCUGCCAUGAAACAGGAAGGAAAUGUCCUUCCACCUUCAGGAGGAAACAAAAAAAAAGCAGCCAAAAAGGAGAAGAAAUAA